AUGCUGAACGUACUGCAUCACCUGCAAAUACUGCGUUUUGCGGUUCCUGCAACCGUAGUCAUAGGAGUUGCUCCGCAAUAUUUUUUCACGUGGCUUGCGUGGCGGCUCCUUUCUGUGCCUUUUCCUCGCCGUUUGUACGAGCGAGGAGAUGAAUUUUUUUAUGACAUGUAUCAGUCCCUCGUUUGCUUCUUCUAUGAGACGUGCACUGGAGCGGAGGUAAUACAUCUCGUCAUGAUUACUGUCCAUCACAUGCAUUUAAAGCCAUAUUUGAACAGUAGCAAUAGGCGUUGUGUGGAUUGACCACUUUGAAUUUAAGUGUACGAUCCAAUGUUUUCUGUUCUUUCUUUUUAAGGUCAUCUUUUAUGGUGAUCAAAUUCCGUGGGACAAACAGGAAAAUGUGAUUGUACUAUGCAACCAUCAAAGCUCAGGUAGUAUUUCUAUUUCCCAAAUUUUUGUACCCUCCCCCCCACUUCCUGACCCCACCUUCCCGACACCCAACCAUACCCCCUUCCUUAAGGAGAGGUAUCCUUGGUCAUAAGGGGGAAACAAGUCCGCAGUGUUGGCAUAAUAAUCCGGUAGUCAUGGGGUUUCGCAUGCAAAAUUGUUCGAGUUAAUAUUUUGUCUGGUGUUCCUAUCAUGAAGCUUUGAUUUCUUUCAGGAAAGAGCAGCAAUAAAACUCAAGUGCUUUUUGUAAAGAAUAUUAUAUUCCAUUAAUAGUACAGACUGUCCAACCAUUCUGAUCUUGUUGGAAUUCGCCUGAUAUUGCUGAAAAUCCCCAAAUCCCAACCAAUUUGUGAUCAGAGGAGUAAAAAUCCUAAUUUUGACUUCUGUUUUGGUAUUUUCAAGAUUCUUAUGAUACUUGUACAAAAUCACCUAAUAAUAGACAGAAACAAUAGGGCCAUUUAUAUGAGGAAAAAUAAGACGCGUAUAAACAGCACAUUUCGUCUAAAAUAAGACGCGUCUUAGCUAAGUCGCGUCUUAUUUUAGACGAAAUGUGCUGUUUAGACGGAAAGUUCGCGUCUUAUGUAAGAUGCUUCUUAUUUUUCCUCGUAUAAAUGGCCCUAAUAUUGUCCUCUCAGAACUCUAGAAAUGGCAUUUCAGACCAUCAAGAUUUGAAAAUUUUUCAGGCGUCAUUCCCCUAGUGGCUUUUGCCUUUGGUGUUGGCAUCAUUCAUCAGUGAUUAAAAAAUAUACCGAUUUCACAUACUCAAAAGGUUGAAAAUACUAUGAACCUUCUAAAAGCAGCUAUUUCAGACUGUCCAAUCUUGGACCUUUUGUCUUUUGUCUUUCUUUCAUCGUGUAAUCAGUAGCUAAAAGAGUAUAGUUUCUACAUCAAACAAUCAGUGCUCAUUCACCAGAUUUUGGACAAAUCUAUGCCAUCAGUAUUGGAUUCCAGAAGUCUCAGAUCAAUAUUUAGGUUUCUGGGAAACUGCCCACCAACCCCUCCCCUAACUCAACAUUAACAUUUGCUUUUUACUUUGAGCAAAAUGUUGGGUUAGGGCAGGGGUAGGUGGGCAGUUUCCCAGAAACCUAAAUCGAUCCGAAGUCUCUCCCAUGAAUUGUCCCUAGCAAUAAGAGGUAAGGAGAGACAGCUGUAUUGACAAGCUAUCAAUGAAGUGGUCAAUCAUUGAUUUCAGCCACUUCAACAAAUGAACAUUGAGGCCUUACACUAAAGGCUUAUAGGGAUGAUUGCUUAGAAUGCAACUUCAUAAUACUGUUUUGCUCCCUUCUGUUUCUACAGUUGAUUGGAUGGUCUCGGAUUUCAUUGGUAUUAGGCAGGGCUCACUGGGAAGAAUAAGAUACAUUCUGAAGAGUGGACUGAAGUAUUUGCCAUUGUAUGGAUUUUACUUUGCACAGGUGAGUAAGUAAAGCCUUCUAAACCAAAUAGUAAAUCAAUUAAUUUGUAGAUAUUAUUUAAUCAUUAAAAUUUUGAUAUCAGUUGAAAAAAAGGCAAAACUUAACAACUUGAAACUACUCAAUCAUGUUCAAGAUCAAAUCAGUCCUAGUAAGCCAAAAAGGUAAAUCACAUGGUGGCCCAUUUUUCGUGAUGCCUGUGUAAAACAGUUAGAGGCUCCUAUGCCUAAGGGGUGUUCCCACAAUUCAAAUGUCACAACAAUAUUAAUUUCACUGAAUUUUGUUUAAUUUUGGUAAUAAUGAUACCCUAGGUAGAUGAAGUUAGUGGUUUACCAGUAGGUAAGAGGCUGUUGUUAUGAUCAAUGAUGACUAGAAACUCUUGAAAUAAUUAAAAGUUACGUGUUGUUGGUGUAACCAGACGUUGUAGUGUGUCUGAUACAUUUUGCGGUCUGAGUAAGGAAAGGUGAAUCAGGGUUGGCCAGGAGGUAGUAAUAUACCAUUGUACAGGGCGUGUGCUUUCUAGAAGCUCAGGGUUAGUUGAGCUAUCCCUCAGGCCAGCAUAUUUUAAUACAAGUUGUCCGACAGGCAAGCCGCUUUGGCUGAGAUAAAGCAAAGGAUAAAGCAAAAGGGCAUUGGUAGGUCUUCAGGGCUGCUAUAAUAGGCUAGUCAACGUUAGCAGCAGCUAGCCCGAAAGGGUGAACAUUUUAUUUAGUAAAAAAUCAUCUCACCCCGAUUAUACCCCAUGUGCUUUAGCUAAUAUACUUAAAAUUCCUCCAAAUUUUCCCUAUAUACAUCUAAAAUGACAGGAAAUGUAGUAUACUGUGGUAUACCCCAAAUCAAUAUUUUGUUUCCAACCAGGCAAAAGAUACUUACCAACCCUGACUGACAUGUAAAAUAACCACAUCACAUCUCCUCCUUUAACCUGAAUUUAAGUUUGACCUUUAAUAUAUACAAAAGAAACACCUUGCCUUUAGGGCAGGCUGGGGUUCUUGUUUUCAAUUUUCCAAUGAAGAAUUGUUUUUUUUAAUGACAGCAUUCAUGUAUAUAUGUUAAGAGAAGUGGUGCAGACGACCAAGUGCAUAUCAUAAGGUAUGUACUUGACAUACUAUGAAACUGUAACUCCUUUCAUAACAUUAUACUGUCAUUUUAAUAGGGGAGCCCUCCCCCAAGGGGAAUGACCUGCCACAUAAAAGCAGCCUGUGAGAGCCCCUGCUUAGGGUGCUCCUGCACCAUGAGGUUUAAGAAGCCAAAUAGUGAAAUAAAUUUAUUUAUUUAUAUAUUUUGUCAAAGGAAACUGAAGGAAAUGAAAGCAAGAAAGCUGCCUGUGAGUAUUUUAAUUAGACCUUGCUGGAAUGAGUUACUUUAAUAUAUCAGGCAAUGAUAUAUCCUCCGUCAGAGAUACUACACAACCACAUAAAUGAAGUGAGAGUGAUAAUAAAAAGUAUUAUUAACAUGUGCCCAUGAACUUAAAAAAAAAAGAUCUGCUGUAAUAAUCUUUUAAGUAAUGAUUCAAAAAUGCCACCAUUUUAAAAUGCCCGGUGUUCAGGGCUGACUUUUCUUUCCAAUCAGAACGACCCAGUGGCAAAAGUGUUAACACAGGAGACCAGGUCAUUCAUAGCUAUUUCAAGAAAGGGUGUUGGAAAAAAAUGUGCAUGUGAUGAUGCCGAAAGGUAGUAUGGGAUAUAAGCAAUACACUGUUUCUGACACUGUAGCUGUCAAACUUACUUUUAUUGCUUUUCUUUAGCACUCACAAACAUAUGUCCAUGGCCGCUCAAGCCAAUCUUUCAAAGUUCUUUGAAAAACAGUGAACUCCAAACCACCCACAAUACCUUUCAGGAUUGUCGCAUGCACUGUUUCGGACCACAUUUCUCAAAAUAGCGGUAUACACUGAUACAUAUUUCAUACAUAUAUUAUGUUUUAUUCAUCUUUUUGUGUUUAUACAUUUAUACUUUAUUUUUAUAUUAUAGGCAUGUGAUUUUGUCAUCAAUAUGUUGUUUUGGUUGUAGAUGUGGUUGGUGAUUUUUCCUGAGGGCACAAGAUACAAUGUAUUGAAUACACAAUUGAUUGAAAAAAGUCAAAAGUUUGCUGCAGAGAGAGGUACAAUAGAACCAUUUUAUACAGGCUUGAAGUAACUGAUAACUAUAAACUAAUGAAUUUAUUCAACCCAACAUAUUACCUCUAAUAUUCAUUUCAACAGGUCUGCAAGUGUUAUCACAUGUCCUGACACCAAGAACAAAAGCUACUGAAGUUAGUAUUCAGAAAAGUCAGAUAUAGUGCUGUUUAAAAGUAGUAUAUACUGCAACAGAAGAAGUCAUUUCAUGAUUAGUUUUGAUGCAACCUUGCAACCACGGUCAGAUAAUCUUUUGAGAAGGAUUUUUAUAAGGCUCUGAGCAAAAAGAGGUUGAUCUAUAGAAAAACUAUUGAUGUCCCUUAAUUUUAUAAAAGCAAUAGACCACACUUUCUAUGGGUUUACCAGCGUGAUAACCCACUUGGGAUGUUUGGAGAACACGAGAAAAGCUUGUAAAUCAUGAGCCUUUCAGCUCAUGAUUUACCAAGCUUUCAUUUGAAUGGUCAUAUCACAGGAUUUUGUCCACAGACUCAAAAGUUAGUUCCCUUACAAAACUUCCAUCAAUCAUCCAUUCUGGCAGUGAAAGUGCUAAUCAGCAGUUUAAUUCCGCCUGCGGAAUUAUGUUAUUUAGAGUAACAUAAACCUGUUUGUUCUUUUUAUUUUCAGGCAAGCUUUGAGGUAUUAUCUUCAGAUUACCUGGAUGCAGUAUAUGAUCUUACCAUUGCCUAUAGUAAUGCAUAUGAGAGUCCAGUGCCUCGAAGGCCAGCACCAAGUAUGACAGGUAUAAUUUACCAAGUCCAGCAAGUUUUCAAAUUUCACCAGGAGUCACCUAAGACCUUGUUCCACACUCCUCGUCUUUAUUAUAUAACUCAAGGGAAGUGGGAAAACGGCCAGCACUUUCAGGACACCACCACUGGUUUCCACCCAAAAUGAGGAACAAGAGCAUGAAUUGGACACUGUUGACGUGUCACUAUCCAGACCUGAGCAAUGCUUCUGAUUAGUUGAAAAUUUGCCUCGUCCAAUCAGAAGCACUACCCAGGUCUGGAUAGUGACCCAUCAUCAGUAUGAUUGAGAAGUAAGUGUUAAUGUUGGCUUAGGGGAGGGGUAGGUGAGCAGUUUCCCAGAAACGUUUAAUGAUGCCAUGUGGAUUUUACAGGUUCCAAGCCUUGGGCUUUCUUCAUUUUUCUUAGAGCAUCGCCUUUAUAAGUACAGUCAACUCUCUCUUAACGGACACCUCUAUAAGACGGACACCUCUGUAAAACGGACUAUAAGAUGGACACCUCUCUAACACGGACACUUAGUGCCCGUUCCAAAGGUGUCCGUCUUAGAGAGAGUUGACUGUAUUAUUUUAUUUACUGAUGCUAAGUUCUUUCCUCAGAUUUUCUUCUUUCAAGAGGCCAGAAAGUCCAUGUCUAUUGUCGUAGAUUUACAGCUCAUGAUUUUCCGAAAGUAAGUACCGUUAAUGUAAUGUCUUAGCCAGGCAUAUAUUUUUUUCAUAAGGCACACGCACCAAAAAAAUUCAAAUAUUUUUACUGAGGCAAUGGCCUUGGUUCUGCCACCUCUAUGGGCUUUAAUUGAAGUGAAUGAUGGAAUGUCAAAAUUGAUUGAGAUAGGGAUAUAAACCCAGAAGGCAAAGUUGUAAGUAGAAUACCCCUGUAAGAUUGUUUUGAAUAGACAGAAAAGAGACCAAGAAACUUGCAAAAAUUGAGUUGAUUUGAAAGCAUAAAUGAUAAAUUAAUUAUUACUCUCUUGUCCUAAAAUGAUCAUUGUGUAGCAUUUAAGCAGAGGUAAUCAGGGUAAUCAUUCAGAGCUGAGAUCAGGAAUUUCCCCCGUCUAUUACGAACGUGGCCCCUGGCUACUUUCAUAGGAAAACAAAAAAAAUAGAACCAAAAGAAAUCCCUAGCAGUUUGAUUUCCUACCUAAUUGUUGUAUUUACCUGGCAACUUUAAAUCUUAUCGACAUCCCUGAGGUAAUAUUUCUACAAAUUUCAUCAGAGAUCUGAUUGAGAGUUGUCAUUAUUCUCUAUUUUAAUUCAAUUUAUCUCAAAUUUAUCAUUUAAGGAUAAUGAAGCAACGAAAAGGUGGCUUCAUGAAAGGUUUGCGGAAAAAGACAGGUAAUUUUUAUGAACAGUCAUAUUUUUAUUUUUUACUGAAAAAUAUUUUGAAUGAAGCUCAAGUACAAUUUUUGUACAUGAAAUGAAGUUAACAGCAUCUAGAUACAUUGUCAGGACAACACUAUUAUCUUUUUUGUAGGCCUGUUAAACCAAAUGGCAUACAUAUUAUUCUCAGGACCACUUCUUUUGUCAAUAUCACACUAUUUAGAAAACAAAAUAUAAAUGCCAAAAGAAAACUUUUGUGGUGAUUUUUUUUACUAAAUAUCAAUAUUUGUCUUUACUUAUGAAUUAAUGUUUUUUUCUCAUUUAUUUUCUUCAUAAUAUUUUAUUAGUAAUACUGUUAAAAAUAUUGUUAUGUUUUUAAUUUUUUAUUAUUGUCACCCCCUUUAAUUAAGUAACACCUGCAAUAAUAUUAUUGUGAAGCACCUUAGUUAAGUGAAUAUAUAUGAAAUCAAUUUAAUGAAGGAAAUUUUUGUAAACAGAAUUCAUUGUUAUGUAAAUAACUCAAUUCUUUGCUACGAACUUACUUUUAAUUUUCCUUCAGGAUUCUCAACAAAUUUUACAGUGAAGGUGGUCAAAUGCCUGGUGUUCCACGAAGAAGGAGAUUGCCCUGGUUCAGAACUUUCCCAUCCUUUGUAAUUUUUAUGGCGGCUUUACUUCCUUUUCUAAUGACCAAGUGGGGACGAUCAGCUUACUGGAAAAUGUGGCUUGUAUCCAGCUUUGGAACAGUGUCUUACAUGAUGUUAUUGUUUGGGAAAGUGCAGCGUUGA